CAUCGCGAAAGUAAAUAGUAUUCCGUUAAAAAAUUUGCUGAAAAAUCCAGUUUGCCAAUAUUUCUGUCCUGAAAAUACGUGCUAUUGUGUUACAAUUUUUUUUUGAUGUGAAGCAUGUCUAUUAAUGAUAAUUUGCUGUAAACGCAGCCGCUGAAACUUUAUUUGAAUUGUCGCAAGAUUGGAUACGAAAUAAGUUGCUGCAUUGGUAUUUGACUUUCUUUCUUCAAGGAUGGAUGAUAAUUUGUGGUUGAUUGAACUUGAGUCAGCUCUGCUGGAUGAUUGUACGGUCGAUGAUAUUUACGCAAUCUGCCAAGGAAAAGCGAUCCCGGAUGCUCUAAGACCGGAUGUUUGGCAGGUAUGCCUGGAUGUCAGAAACAAAAUGGAUCAACUCUCGCAAUUCAAUGAAAUUUUCGACCUACCCUUUCAACGAAAGCUUCGCCAAGAUUGCAACACUUUUGUUGAAAAACUUGGGAACGACGAAGAAGAUCGAGUUGCUGUGGUUGCCGAUUUGGAAUCGAUUCUGACUUUCUACUGUAAAAACAGAAACUUGGUCUAUGAGUCGAACAAUGGAUGGAUUGAGUUACUUUUACCUUUGUUAUCACUAAAAUUGCUGCGUUCCGAUACCUACAAUCUGUUUGAAGCUAUUCGAGAUACGUACAUUCCCAAAGGCUGCUACAAAAAUGGAAAUGUUUUUCACAUAUUUCGGCUGCUGCUGCAAUACCAUGAUCCUGAGUUGUGUUCCAUUCUGGAUACAAAACGGAUUACACCGGAUACGUACUCUAUGUGCUGGUUUCAAACGCUGUUUGCCUCUACUUGCACAUUGCAGGUAGUUCUGACUAUGUGGGAUCUAUAUCUUCAGCAAUCAGACCCAUUCUUGGUGUUUUUCCUAAGUUUGAUAGUGCUAAUUAACGGACGAGAGCAAAUUCUGGAGAUGAAAGGUGCUUCGAAGGAAGAGCUAAUAAACUUUCUAGUCAAUAUGCCGUGCAACAUCGAAGCGGACGACGUGAUGGAUUUUUGUUCUUUGGCGCAGUACUACUCGAUGAAAACUCCGUUGUCUUUUAAACGUGAUCUUCUAAAGGUUCUGUUCGGUGCGCAAAGUAACGCUACAGAGGAAAAUAUAGUUUCACAAGCCCUUUGCCUACCCGUUUCCGUUAACGAGCUUGUAGAGAAUGCUUCCAGUGAAAACAGUAAUCCAGACGCAGUGAGGUUCUUUCUGGUAGACUGUCGACCAGCGGAUCAGUACAAUAGCGGUCAUCUUUCAACUGCCUUCCACCUGGAUAGUAAUUUGAUGUUGCUAGAACCGGUAGCCUUUCAAACUGCAGUUCAAGGCUUGUUGCGUGCACAAAAAAAUGCUAUCGAGGCUAAUUCUAACGCAGGUGGAGAACAUCUCUGCUUCGUUGGUUCUGGACGAUUGGAAGAGGAUCAAUACACUCACAUGGUAGUGGCUUCGUUUCUACAAAAAAGCACCAAAUACGUAUCGUUACUUACUGGAGGGUAUGAAGCUAUCCACGAGUACUUCGGAGAUAAUAUGAUUGAUUGCUUAGAAGAUCAUGAUCCUUUAAAGUGUCUAGUCUGUAAUCAGGAUCAAAUACAAUACGGAAAGCAAUCUAACAAUAACAUUAACAACGGUAGCCUAAAGCGAUCGGAGAAUCGUAAAAACAAUAACCAGCCAAUGCAAGGACCGGAGCGAAAACCUACAAUUGACUUGUUCAGCAAGCUUUCAUUGGCAAUGAAAUCUAAAUCAGCUGAGGUAAAAGGGAAGCUGUUCGAUUAUAUCUCCAAUCCGACGGCAACGGCUCCAGGUGCCACAACAGCCGAGAAGCAUGUUUCUCGAAACGAACGCAACGGUAAACGCUAUCGUAAUGUUCCUCCAGUUUUCAGUAUCGGCGAGGACCAGGAUGAAGAGGAUAUCAACGCACCGCAGAGUUUGCAUGGUUCACAACAGUUGAUUACGCCUAAAAACAGCGAUGACGCCGAUGUCGUUUCAAUACAAGCUUACCUUAAAUCGCCAGACGUGAUCCGUCACUUUCGUUGCCAGGAAGUUCACCUAAAUGGCUACAUGUACGACAGCUAUCUGCUAGUCACUGGCUCCCACAUCAUUGUUCUGAGGGAGUUGGAUCGUAAGGAUCAAGCAAGAAUCAUCGUUCGUCGACCAUUGCACAGUAUCGUAAAGAUAACAGCCAAAAAACGACACCGAGAUUUGAUUACCUUCAAGUAUGGCUAUCCGGAGGAGGAAAAUCUCGUGAUAACCGAUAUGGAUCGAUUUCUUAUUCCAAAUGCGAGUGAAGCAACCGAGUUGAUUUCCAAACAUAUUAUCAAGCAAACAUAGGGCAGUGAUUGCAUUGCAGUUUUUCCCAUCAAAUAAAGAAAGUGCACCCGGGCUAUAUUUCUUCCCUUCGCGAUGAGGUUGAAAUUUGGAGUGACUGUCGUGUAUUCAAACCGGAAAAGUUAUAAAAACAUUUUAGCGACAAUUUUAGACGAAAUUUUUAAAUUCCUGCCAUCAGUCGUAAGAAUAUACCCUAUUUUCACUGUUUCUUGUCGACGUCACUGAACCAACUACCCUUGAAAUCGUGAAAUGAAUUCAAAUCAUAGGAGGUGUACUUUUAUCUAUUUUACUAGAUUUUUUAAUUUCAAAAUUGUAGUCUCCUCACCAACUAUCGUGUCUGUAAGUUGUAAAAAAAAAAUGACCCAGAUUUAUUUAAUAAAGUACCUUAUAUGUAAUGAUAGUAAACAUUUGCGAAUGAUAGUGCUUGUUUUGUCAAAAAGAAUGCGGCAAUUAACUUAAUGUAGUAAAUACAAUGUGAGUAUGGCAGUUCAAAUGUACCCCAAAAAUAUGUUACGAUAACGUUACCUAAUUCUACCGAAAUAA